AUGUCACCGAUCACAGCAGCCGAGUUCCGCCAGGCUUUCAUCGCUUGCGCCAGGAUUACUCAACGUCACGUCUUCUCCGAGGAGCUCGCUCAGCUGAGCCGAGGCUACCAACUGAAGAGCUGCAGUCAGACGAAAACUCUCGAGCCAUUCCUUGACAACGACGGAGUAAUUCGAGUAGGCGGCCGACUUGACCGCUCCUCAUUGCCGUACGACGAGCGGCAUCCAAUCCUUCUUCCAGGACCAACGCACCUCGCCCAGUUAGUCAUCCGGUGGGCACACGAACGCAGUCUUCACGGCGGCUUCAGGGCCACCUACGCUCGAGCCCUGCAAAAGGCAUGGAUUACCGGGGCGAAGGUGAGAAUCAAGCGAUACCUCCGCCACUGCACUGUUUGCGCUCGCCUUGCGGCGAGGACCUCGCCCCCUCGCAUGGCUUCUCUCCCGCCGGCCCGAGUGUCGCCAGCCAGGCCAUUCUCAACUUGUGGAGUCGACUACGCCGGGCCCUUUCAUCUUUGUCGCAACAAGGGACGAGGCGCGUCCACAGUAAAAGGCUACGUCGCGCUCUUCGUCUGCGUCUGCACUAAGGCCAUCCACCUUGAACUCGCCGGAGACCUCACCACAGCCAGUUUUCUUGGUGCCCUGCAGAGAUUUAUAGGUCGGAGAGGUCGGCCGGCUGAAAUCUGGAGCGACAAUGGCACCAAUUUCCGCGGGGCCGCCCUUGAGCUCCGCAGACUCCUCAGAGAAGCCGAGAUUGAUUGGGGAGUUGUCGAAGGAACACUGGCAAAGGAAGGUAUCAACUGGCGUUUCAUUCCCCCUUCAGCCCCCUAUUUCGGUGGGCUUUGGGAGGCGGGGGUGAAGUCGAUGAAGCGGCACCUCCAGCGAGUUGCUUCACCUCGACGUCUCACCUACGAAGAGUUCGCCACGCUCCUCGUGGCAGUUGAAGCCACUUUCAACAGCCGUCCUCUUGUUCCACCAUCAGGCGAUCUGGGUGACCUUGACGCACUCACACCCAGUCAUUUUUUAAUCGGGACUUCUGCCACGUCUUAUCCCGAGCCUAUCUCUGUCAACGGAAAAUUGGAUCAUGUCAGUCACUGGGCGCUCAUUCAAGCCAUAAGAGGACAUUUCUAG